AUCACGGACUCGCCGGCACGAUGCUACCCACUCCCGGCUGCUUGGCUCUUAGCGCCGAGCGGCCGCAAGCCCGUUGACCCCACCCGUGCCGUUGGUCCCGCAUUUCAGCCCAUCUUAGGCGGGUCCAAACAAACAUCCCGUCAUCCCAUCGACAAACACGCGGGGUCAUAAAGGUUCUCACCGCAUCAAUCUUCCCAUCAUUCUUCGUUCACUUCCCUCACACGUUUCCCGCCAUCAACGUUACAAGGGAGAACGGUAACAUGGACCAACUAAAACACACCCUCGCCGGCCUCGGCGGAUUCGCCAAAGAGAACCUACCUCCCCAAGUCACCGAGACCGUCACCGACCUCACCUCUUCCGUCCGCAACAGGCUUACCCUCGGCUCUCGUCGACGCACACAACCAAUCGACGAUGAAGAAGCAGGCCACAUCAUUCCCUUCGACUCCCACGCCGGCGGUGGCCAUUCCACAUGCAAGCAAGGCCCCCAGCUCCGCGUCUCCCCCGCUUUGCAGUCCUUCAUCGCCAGGAACCAUAUUCUAGCUUCGGGCGAAACCGUCGCGGACCUACGUUCCAAGCCCCAUAUUUCCGUCCCCCGGGAGGUAGUGAGCAGGGACUACCCCCUACCGGAAUACUUCGUCUCCUCCUCACACAACACCUACCUCUGCGCGCACCAACUCUUCGGCGAAUCCUCCGCCGACCCCUACCGUCACACCCUUCAAGCCGGCUCAAGAUGCGUCGAAAUCGACGUCUGGGACAACCCCGACAACCUCGACGAACCCAAAGUCACGCACGGCUACACCUUAGUCUCCCACAUCCCCUUCCGCGAAGUCUGCAAGAUCAUCCUGCAAGUGGUAGAAGAGGAAGAAGCCGGUAGCGCGCCGGUGUUGAUUUCCCUCGAGAACCACUGCGGAGCGCGAGGGCAGGAGGCGUUGGUGCGGAUCAUGAAGGAGGUUUGGGGGAGUCACUUGUUGGACAAACCCGUGGAAACAGAGUCACACAUCGAGCAAGACCAGCAUGUCCCCCUCCGCGACUUGGGGUCCAAGAUCGUUGUCAUCGUGGAGCAUCAUCUCGUCAACGAAGCCAGUUCCUCCUCCGACAGCAGCAGCGACAACUCCUCCGAAGACGAAGCCGAAAAGAAGGAAAAGCGCUCCCGCAAACAAGCCAAAAACACCCCCGAAGCCAAACUCAUCAUCCCCUCCCUCGCCGAACUCGGCGUCUACGGCCAAUCCGUCAAACCGCCCGACAACAGCUGGUUCACCUCUUCCACUUUACAGUUAAAAGACGGCCCGCACCACCACCUCAUCAACGUGUCCGAAUCCGGUCUCAACGCGCUCUUAUCCUCCGGCAACGGGGCCAGCAUAGCCAAACACAACGCCCGCCACCUCAUGCGCGUUUUCCCCAAGGGCACACGCAUCUCCUCCAAGAACCUUAAGCCGCUACCCUUCUGGGGCCUAGGAGCGCAGGUGUGUGCAUUAAACUGGCAGACGUUCGACGCAUCGAUGCAAAUCAACGAAGCCAUGUUCGCUGACACGGGCGGGUACGUGCUCAAACCGUCUUGGCUGCGGUCGAACAACUCCAACUCGGCGAUGGUGGGACUACCCGAAAAGGAGUUUAGGGAGCAGGUGGCUAGGACGAGACGCAGGAAGAGACUGCGGUUGGUGGUUGCUGGCGCGAGCGAUGUGCCGGUGCCGAGUGGACGGGAUAGUGAUAAGGAGGUUAAACCGUAUUUGACGUGCACGCUGUUGCACCCGGGCGUGCCGUUUGGGGAGAUGCAGCAGACCAAGAAGAAGACGGAUGUGUUUAGGAAGCAUAAACUUAGUGCGCUGAUUGGGGGGUUGACGGGGGCGGCACAUCAUGGGUCAAGGGAGGAGGAGAGUCUGGUGACGGAUCCGUUGUGGGAUGAGACGUUGGAGUGGGAGUAUGAGGAUGAUGAGUUGGUUUUCUUGAGGAUGUUCAUCAAGAGCGAUGAUUCUUUCUCGAGCAACCCGGUGCUGUGCGUGGCGAGCGUCAGGUUGUUGUACGUGGAGGGCGUCAAGGGGCAGUGGAGGUUUGUGAGGAUGUUGGAUUUGAAGGGGAGGGAGACGGGAUGUUCAUUGCUGGUCAAGUUUGAAGUGGAUGAGAUCUGAUUGAUUCCGGUUCGGCUACUUC